AUGAAGGUAGCCAGGGGCCUCGUCCCAUCAGAGGGUGGCGCGACUGGCCGGGCGGGGGUGGCGGGGCAGCAGAGGAAGGGCGCUCGCAUUCUGGCGGCUGAGACCUUCGCUCACCACGCCCCUCUGCCCGGCUACCUCGACCACAUCCCCCGCCGCCAGGCCCUCGCCACCUGUACGCACUGCUGCUCCCUCCUCUCCCUCUCUUCCCUGCCGUGGUCCUCUCCCUCUCUUGCCUCUCAUCUCGCCGCCAGGCCCUCGCCACCAGUACGUUGCUGCUGCUCCCUCCUCUCCCUCUCUUCCCUGCCUUGGUUCCUUAGCUCUGCUGUUCCCUUCUUCUCACUGCCUGUCCCUGCUUCGCUUGCCGCUCAUUUCUAUGCUCCCUUUGGCUCUCAUUCCUCUGCUCCCUUUGUCUCUCAUUCCUCUGCUCCCUUUGUCUCUCAUUCCUCUGCUCCCUUUGUCUCUCAUUCCUCUGCUCCCUUUGUCUCUCAUUCCUCUGCUCCCUUUGCAUCUCAUUCCUCUGCUCCCUUUGCCUCUCAUUCCUCUGCUCCCUUUGUCUCUCAUUCCUCUGCUCCCUUUGUCUCUCAUUCCUCUGCUCCCUUUGUCUCUCAUUCCUCUGCUCCCUUUGUCUCUCAUUCCUCUGCUCCCUUUGUCUCUCAUUCCUCUGCUCCCUUUGUCUCUCAUUCCUCUGCUCCCUUUGUCUCUCAUUCCUCUGCUCCCUUUGUCUCUCAUUCCUCUGCUUCCUUUGCCUCUCAUUCCUCUGCUCCCUUUGUCUCUCAUUCCUCUGCUCCCUUUGCCUCUCAUUCCUCUGCUCCCUUUGUCUCUCAUUCUUCUGCUCCCUUUGUCUCUCAUUCCUCUGCUCCCUUUGUCUCUCAUUCCUCUGCUCCCUUUGUCUCUCAUUCCUCUGCUCCCUUUGCCUCUCAUUCCUCUGCUCCCUUUGCCUCUCAUUCCUCUGCUCCCUUUGUCUCUCAUUCCUCUGCUCCCGUUGCCACCUCCACUGUCGUCCUGUGGGCGCACGACGGUGACGAUCCGCUCGCAGUACCGGGGCCGUACGACCUGCACAACGACAUCUACAACAUGACCUUCUAUAACGGCUGCGCCUACAACGUCACCAGCCCGCUGCGCGUGUUUCAGUGCUUCAACUUCGGCAACGUGUGGGAGGGCAUCCUCGACAACCCCGAUCCCAACCCCUCGCAGUACCAGCAAGGCGAAAUCUUCGUGCAGACGACGCCGGGGUACUGUGAGAUGCGCAUGAACCGCGGUGCUAGCGGCACUCUGCAGAUGCUCCCUGGGGAGACCGUCAACAUUGUGUAUGCGUACUUGUGGGACUUCCGGCCCUGCGUGCAGGAGCUGCGCUUCGGCAAUGGCAACAGCUACUCCAUGACCAACACCACCGAGUGCCAGCUCGCCCAGGUCAUCUAG